AUGAACGAAUGCAAAGGCAACAAAUUGCUCGUUUGUUCUGAGAAACACGCAGACUCCAUUGGCGAUGCCCUGGAUUUUAAUACCUGCGUGCUAUCGGAUUACGAGCGGGUUCCGGACGAGGGAUUGAUCAAGGAGUGUGCGCAGGAGCAUAAUAUUGAUUAUCAACAAAUCAGUGACUGUGCGAACAGUGAAGAAGGCCUGGAGCUUUUGAUUAGCAGCGUUGAGCGUAGCGUUGCUGUGAAUGCAAAUGCAAGCUGCACUGUUCGUGUGGACGAUAAGGUGUGGUGCAGCCGGGACAACUAUGAAUGGAAGUGUCCGCCUGGUCGUGGUGUUGUUGAGAAUUUGGUUCAGGAGAUUAGGAAGUUGGCUGAGGAUGGGGAGGACAUCACUAGAUACCUUUAG